CAGAUUACACCGAUCAAACAUCAAAGGAGGAGACAGACAUAUAUGAGGAACUUGACUGGAGCAUAUCUAGCAGUUUACCAACCUACAGUGCAACCAAGACACCUUUGAUUGCCUCAACCACAGAUAACCGUAAAACCACUUUGAACCCAACUAUCACAAAAGGGUCUUAUACAACAGCUCAGACCAGAUACAACAGCAACUUCAAACCACCAACACACAGGGACAGUGGUCACACUACUCGCAGGCCACCGGUGAGAAUCAGACCUACUCUGCAAGACGGUGCUGCCAGAGACAGGGUAAUUAAAGGCCAUACCUUUGACACAAUGACCAUCUUUACAACUAAGCAAGAAUACACCAACACCCCUGCACCAUACAACAACAUAGGCACACACAACACCAUCUCUAAUGCUUAUACUCAUGCCACUGCCAGUCCCGCUGGCUUUGAACCCACUACACUGGGGGUUCAAACAAACUGGACAAACAGACCUAAGAUAGUUGGGGGCAAUGCUGCCAGCUUUACCGUUUUGUCCAACUCAGAUGCUCUCCUGCCAUGUGAGGCUGUUGGAAACCCCCAGCCCAGGAUAACCUGGAAACGCUUCUCCUCAAACACAGAAAUUGUCUUUCUGUGUUCUUCAGGAAGUGCAGUUACCAUAAUGGUGAGAAUGGGCAAGUUAGAGGUGUUGAGCAAUGGCACGCUGUUCAUCCAUAAUGCCAACAUUAAAGAUCGUGGCCAGUACCUCUGCCUAGCAGAGAACAAUCAUGGCUCAGACAAACUUCUUGUCACGCUCUCUGUGGUGGCCUACCCCUCACGUAUCCUAGAGCCAAAAAUCCGAGAGAUAAAUUCUCAUGCAGGAAACACUGUAGAGAUGAAAUGUAAAACAGAGGGUCGACCGACGCCCGUGAUAUCCUGGAUCCUGGCCAACAGGACCCAAGUCAGGGGUCAAAACAAAGAGAAGGGAAGGGUAUCAGUAUCUGAUGAUGGGACUCUGGUCAUUGAGCAUGUGUCUGUUUAUGACAGAGGCCAUUACAGAUGCAUUGCCAGUAAUUCAGCUGGAGCUGAUACUGCUACAGUUCGACUGCAGGUGGUGGCAGCUCCACCAGGCAUCAUGGAGGAAAAACGGCAGCAGCUGAAAGCUAGUGUAGGCCAAAACCUGUGGCUACCCUGCACUGGCCAAGGCAGCCCCCGGCCUACUAUUCACUGGGUCCUUGAUAAUAGGUCAGUGGUACAAUUUAACAGAGCUGCCGGUGACACAAGGAUUUCUGUGUAUGAAAAUGGAACCCUCCACAUUAAGCAUGUGACUCUAGCAGACAACCGGAAAUAUGAAUGUAUUGCUACCAGCUCUACUGGCUCAGAGCGAAGGGUGGUGACUCUGACAGUAGAGAGCCAGGAGUCUUCACCUCAGAUAAUAGAGACAUCUCAGCGCAUGACAGAGUUGUCCUUUGGGGAUCAGUUGACACUCAACUGUUUAGCAACAGGAGACCCCAAACCUAGGAUCAUCUGGAGGCUCCCAUCUAAAGCUGUGGUAGACCAGUGGCACAGGAUGGGUAGCAGAAUCCGUGUCCUAGAUAAUGGAACUCUUAUUGUUAACACUGUGAGUGAUAAAGAUACUGGCAACUAUCUCUGUGUGGCACAAAACAAGAUUGGCGACGAUCUCCAGCUCAUGAAGGUCACUGUGUCCAUGAAGCCAGCCAAGAUAGAGCCUAAGCUCUAUGGCAAAAAGCAGGUACGCUAUGGUAAUGACUUAAAAGUUGACUGUAAAGCUUCAGGAGCACCAAAACCAGAGAUCUCCUGGGGUCUACCAGAUGGUACAGUGGUCAACAGCGCUUUGCAGUCUGACACCAGCAGUGGACGAGGACGAGCACGGCGCUAUACUCUUUUUAACAAUGGAACUCUUUACCUUAACCAGGUUGGUAUGUCAGAGGAAGGGGACUACACUUGCUAUGCUGAGAACCAGGUGGGCAAGGAUGAGAUGCAUGUACAUAUCACUGUGGUGACUGCGGCUCCCAGGAUACAUCCACCUAGCCAGACCUAUGCCAGGAUGAAGCCUGGAGGGAACAUCCGCUUUGACUGUGAAGCACUUGGAGAACCCAAACCCAAGAUCCUGUGGAUAUUGCCUAACAAUGAUGUAAUCGCAGCAUCAAAUGAACGCUAUCUAAUACAUGUCAAUGGAUCUCUGGAUAUCAGGGAUGUAAAGCUUAUUGAUACUGGGGAGUAUGUCUGUAUGGCACGCAACCCUAGCGGGGAAGACAGAAAGGUCUACAAGCUUGAUAUAGAUGGAAAUCCACCAGUGAUCAAUGGCUACCACCAGAACAGAACUGUGAUCAAAGAUGUAGCUGCUAAAUACUCCAAAAAAUUUAUAGACUGUAAGGCUGAGGGUGAUCCUGCUCCUACUGUCACUUGGAUUAUGCCUGAUAACAUCCUCCUGACAGCACCAUACUUUGGCAGCAGGAUUAAUGUCCAUUAUAAUGGGACAUUGGAGAUUCGUAACGUGCGGCCAUCUGAUACAGCAGAGUUCAUUUGCAUGGCGAGGAAUGAUGGAGGAGAGGCAGUAAUGGUUGUGCAGCUGGAGGUGACUCGCAUGCUUCAAAGGCCAAUAUUCAAGAACCCCUUCAAUGAACGCAUUUUGUCUCGGAUUGGGAAAACCACAGCCCUGAACUGCUCUGCUGAUGGACACCCAAUGCCGGAAAUCAUUUGGACUUUGCCUAAUGGAACACUGCUUACUAGUCGACCUGACCAUGGCUCUCAUCACCAGAUUGGCAAUGAUGGGACUUUAGUUAUUUACAACCCUCGCAAAGAGGAUGCUGGGAAGUAUCGCUGUGGUGCCAAGAAUCUUUUGGGCUACAUAGAGAAGCUAAUAAUUUUGGAUGUUGGACAGAAGCCUUACAUCUUGACAAGGCCUAGGGGCAUCAUACGUAGUGUCUCUGGAGAACCUCUCUUCCUUCACUGUCUAUCUGAUGGGAGCCCCAGACCCAGGAUCCACUGGACCAUUCCUGGUGGCCACACUCUUACUCGGCCUCAAGUAAUUGGGCGCUACCAGUUACUAGAGAAUGGCACUUUGGUUGUUCAAGAUACUACUCUCCACGACCGAGGCACCUACAUUUGCAGGGCUCAAAACGAUGCUGGGGAGGCUGUGCUUAGUGUCCCUGUUAUUAUCACUGGCUACCCUCCACGGAUCACAACUGGACCGCCUCCCAUUUUGAGAGCAAUGACCGGAAGACCUAUCCAGCUCAACUGUGCUGCCAUUGGGAUCCCCAGGCCAGAGAUCACCUGGGAGCUGCCCAAUCAUUCAGUUCUUUCAACAGCAGAACAGGGCUGGUCUAAGGGUAGUGAACUGCUCUACCCUCAGGGUACACUUAUCAUUCAGAGACCCACAGCCUCAGACUCUGGCACGUACAAGUGCCUGGCCAAAAACUAUCUAGGUACACACUCAAAGAUCACAUAUAUACGUGUACUGUGAGAAAAAAAAACAACUGAGGGAGGAGUGGCAUAACCAAAUGUACAAUUAAUACUUGUGUCUGUGAGAUACAGUACAUGCUUUGUCAAGUGGACAGACUUUGUCACACAACCCAGACGGGUGCUAGA